AUGGGGUGGAAGGCGGCGGAGAAGCUCAUCAGGCACUGGAAGAUCCUGCGCGGCGACAACGUGAUGAUCAUCAGAGGCAAGGACAAGGGGGAGUCCGGGCUCAUCAAGCGGGUCAUUCGGUCGCAGAAUCGCGUCAUCGUCGAGGGCAAGAACUUGGUUAAGAAACACAUUAAGCAAGGGGAAGGGCACACAGGUGGUAUUUUCUCAAUUGAAGCUCCACUUCAUGUCUCAAAUGUCCAAGUGGUUGACCCGGUCACUGGGAAACCAUGUAAGAUUGGAUAUAAGUAUUUGGAAGAUGGGACCAAAGUCAGGUACGCUAGAGGAAUGAAUGCAUCGGGUGCUGUGAUACCCCGGCCAGAAAUUUUGAAGGAGAGAAGAAAACCAAGACCCACGUCACCUGGCCCAAAGGAUACACCAAUCGAGCUUGUGCUGGAGAAGACCUACGAUGAAAAAGCUGGGAUUGAUUGUCCUCUUCUGCAGAAAUGCAAUCUACGAAUGAGAGUGGCCAUAUUCGUACUUUUUCUUUAA